AAAAUACAAAUUCAACGAUUUUUAGGUUAUGUUUAGUUGAUUAUUUGUGGUUAUAUCUGAAAAAUCAUUGAAACGACCAUAAUUUAUUUAUUACCACUAUUUUAACAUUUACUUAACAUAACCACCUCAAAAUGGCUGAUGUUCGCGAUAUUAUGGAACUGGAGCACCCAUCCCAGGAAGUAACCCGUGAAUCCAUCAUAGGUUCUGAUAAACAGAAAAAGCGUCCUCCGCCACCUACCAAAACCCAAAAGAGACCCGAAGGCAUGCAUCGCGAGGUCUUCGCACUCCUAUACAACGAUAGCAAAGAUGUGUCUCCACUCUUUCCAUCUGAUACGGGUCACGGAUAUAAGCAAACCAAAAUCAAAUUAGGAAUGAGAAAACCUAGGAAAUGGAAAUGGAUGCAGUUUACGAAUCCUGCAAGAACGGACGGAACAAUAUUCUAUCAUUGGAGAAGACCUUCGGAUGAACCAAAAGAAUAUCCGUUUGCUAAAUUUAAUAAAAAAGUUGACGUUGUUACAUAUACAGAUGCAGAAUAUCAACAGCAUUUGCGCGUGGAUGGGUGGAGUAAGGAGGAGACCGAUCACAUGAUAGAGUUAGCGCAGAGGUUCGAUCUGCGAUUUAUUUUGAUGGCUGAUAGGUACGACACAGAGAAGUUUCCCAAACGUUCAGUUGAAGAUAUUAAAGAUCGAUAUUAUAAGAUUUGUGGAGUAAUGAGUAAAUUAAAAGGUGAGAAGAAAAUUUAUACUUAUGAUGUAGACCAUGAGAAAAGAAGAAAAGAACAACUGAAAAAAUUGUAUGACAGAACACAAGAACAAAUUGAAGAAGAACAGUUUUUGAUGUUAGAACUCAAGAAAAUAGAAGCUAGAAAGAAGGAAAGAGAGCGAAAAACGCAGGAUUUGCAAAAGCUGAUUAGUCAAGCAGAUAAUCAGACAGAAACUCCUAAAAAAGCUGAUAAGAAGAUUCCGAAGAAAAAACUGGCGAACCCAUCUAGGCCAUCCCGUGUAGAUACAACUCACAUUUUUCAGGUGGUUGAAACUGCAGGAAUUAAAUUUCCAGAUUAUAAGAAUAGCGGCGUUUCUUUGAGGUCACAGAGAAUGAAGCUUCCAGCUAAUGUAGGACAGAAAAAGUCGAAAGGAAUUGAACAGUUAUUGCAAGAGAUGGGAUUAGAAUUAAAUCCAAUACCAACCGAAGAGAUCUGUCAGCAUUUUAACGAACUUCGUAGUGACAUGGUUUUGUUGAUGGAAAUCAAAUCUGCGCUUAGUACUUGUGAAUAUGAACUUCAGUCAUUGAGACACCAGUAUGAAGCAGUUAAUCCUGGCAGAACGUUAACAAUACCACCACAACUACUAUCAAAUUUAGAACUAGAUAAUAAGGUCGGUGGUGGAGAGAUUAUUGAUGUUGUUGGGUCGCCUAGUACUCCAACAUCAUAGUUUUCAGUUUGCAUAUUUUUGCGCAGUUUAUCGGUAAAUUUUUGUAUAUAAUUCGCUUUUAUAACUGACUGUAAUUAUAUUCAAUUUGAAAAAUAUAUAUCUUUUUUCAUGUUCAGUGAA